CGUCACAAAGUUCACACACUUUAUCUUAGAAUUUAGAAUACAAAAAUGUUUAUCUUAUAAAAAAAUUACUGUAAAAAGAGAAAAAUUAAAACCAUGUCUCAUCUUGUAGAAGAUUUCAAACCAGGACCACUUGAUGUGUAUCGCAAAAAAACGUCUUUUGAUUGUAAAAAAUUAAAAUUGUUCAUUGAAACAGAAGAUGGAAUUAAAUUUCAGAAUGAAAUAUACAAAAUUCUGGAAAACAAUCCUUUAUACAAUCAACAAAAUGUCGCUGGUCUGUCUAGAGACAAUCAACGCAGAAUUGCCUUUCUUGGAUGUCGAGAUCAGAGUCAACAGUACGCAUUUUCCUUUGAUUAUUUGAUGCAAAACUUACGACGCCCUUCGGCCCUUGUUAGAAUACUAACGACAGCAAUACCAUCCUCGUACGCAAAAUAUUUAGUUGCUAAUAGGUUUUUUGUUAAUUCUAUAUUAAGUAUGGGAACAGAGAGACAUCACAAGAUCAUCGAUGAUGCUAAAACUGGAAAGAUUCUAGGUUGCUAUUGUUUAACUGAGAUUGCACAUGGAAGUAACACAAAAAGCAUGCGAACGAUAGCUACCUAUGACAAACACAAGAAAGUUUUUAUAAUAAAUUCACCAGAUUUCGAGUCAGCUAAAUGCUGGGCUGGUGGGUUAGGUCAGACUGCUAUGUAUGGAACUGUCUUCGCGCAGUUAAUUUUAGAUGGUGUUAAUUAUGGUUUACAUGCCUUUCUAGUACCACUUCGUGAUCCCAAGACGCUGAUUCCAUACCCAGGAUUGGAGAUAUGGGAUAUGGGAAGAAAAAUCGGAUUGAAUGGAGCUGAUAACGGUGUUGUCCAAUUUACAAACUACGAAAUACCCAGAAUCAACUUACUCAACAAAAUAGCAGACGUUUCUGAAGAUGGGCGUUACAUAACUCCAAUCAAAGAUCCCAAUAGAAGACACGGAGCUGCCUUAGGAUCUCUAUCAGCAGGAAGAGUAACCGUUGCAACUAUCGUUGACGCUUUAGCAGCUAAAGCUAUCACGAUAGCGGUAAGGUAUGCGGCAGUAAGGAAACAAUUCGGACCAAGUGGAAAAGAGGAGAUACCGAUACUGGAAUACCAAAGCCAACAACUUCGUCUGAUACCAUAUUUAGCAGCAACAUAUGUGAUAAGAAAUUUCAACACCUACUUCACACAAAUGUUAUAUGAAUUUACCAAGAACCCCUCGUUACCAAAUGCACUUGAAGUAGGAAUCGAAAUCCAUGGUGUUUCUUCAGCAUCUAAACCAAUAGCAGGCUGGAUACUGCGAGAUGCCGUACAAGAAUGCAGGGAAUGUUGUGGUGGACACGGUUAUCUUCAGGCGGCUGGUCUAGGGGACGUUAGAGAUAAUCUAGAUCCUAAUUUAACUGUCGAAGGAGAAAAUCAUGUACUGAUACAACAAACCGUCAAGUGGCUUCUUAAAUUAGCCCCACAAAUGCUUGCGAGAAGGCAAAUAUCUAGUCCAAUGCAUUCAAUUGAUUUCUUAUCGAACGGUUUGAGCAUAUUGAGUAAUAAUAGAUGUGAUGCCAGAGAAGUUGAGGAGAUUUCUCACCCAGAAAGUAUUAUCACAACAUUCCAGUGGAUAGUUGUAUAUCUGUUGAAAGCUACUUACGAGAAAGUAGAAGGAGAGUUGAAGGCUGGAAAGGAUUUGUUCGAAGCCAAAAACAACAGUCAAGUGUACUACGGGAAGAGUUUAGGACUAGCAUUUAUUCAGCAUUUCUUCUUGCAAAUAUUUUUGGUGACCAUCUCCGAAGCAGAAGAUCCUGCUAUAAAGGCUGUGCUUACGAGAAUCUUUUCACUGUUUGGAUUGUGGUCGAUAGAAAGAUGGCACAUGGCGACUCUAUUUAAGGGAGGAUUCGCUUCAACUGAAUUAGCACCGACGUUAAUCCAAGACGCCAUUUUAAAAUUAUGCGCCGAUCUGAAAGACGAUGCUGUAGGUUUGGUAGAUGCAAUCGCAGUUCCUGACUUUAUUUUGAGGUCGUGUUUGGGUUCGUCAGACGGACAAGUUUACAAACGUCUAAAAGAAUCAAUGACCAAGGAUAAAUAUAACAUGAACAGACCACCAUGGUGGAAGGAGGUUGUUAAUUAUGCCGAAAACAAUAGAUCAAAAAGUAAACUAUAAGUACCUAUCUCAUUAAAAAAAUUGUAAAUAUAUAUUAUGAAAUAGUGAAAAAAUUAAUACGUAAGUCGUAGAAAUUUUUCUGUUUUAUUUUUUAUGUAUAACUGCUGGUGAAUGUUAAAAAAUUAAUAAAUCUUAAUAUUUUAA